CUGACUGAAACUAGAAUUUACUAUAGGUUAGCUUUGGGCACCUAGCUACUGUGUAAAGUAUCUUGUGCAGAGGAAGGGAGAGAGGAGAUAUGCUUUUUUUUUUUUUAAGACUUGCACAUAGUAGGCAUUCAGUAACUAUCUAUUGAGUAAAUGAAUGGACAUAUAUUAGUGGAGUGAAAUUAUCCAGUUUAUAAGCAAACAUCUGGAAAGCAACUCAUUCAAAUAUAGAGGAUUUCCUGCAAUCAAGAAAUUGUGGUUUGAGAUGAAGGAAAAUGAAUUAUUUUAGGGAUAUACACACAUACUUGUGUAUAUGGUUAUAUCCACACAAAUAUACAUAUACUUCCCGAUGUUAACAGCCUUUACUGUUUUUACUAGCUCACCCGACAGAGACAUAAUGGCAGUAAAAUAAAUAGUCACAGUGCUUUCCUAUUUACCUGGCAUGUCUGCUGGUGACAGUUUCUAAGCAUUUGCAAUUUCGUCAAGGUCUCUUAGAACUGUUCUCAAUAAAGAGAUGCUGCAUUGGACCGCUGACCUGCAAAAAUCUAAUUAACUUGAAUUUAUAAAAAUAAAAAAGAAAGUCUUUCCUUUAUGAAAGAACCCUAGAACCUUAACAGUGCAAGGGACUUCUGAGAUCCCUUUUAACUUGCAAUCCCCAUAUACAGGUUGCCAUAGAAGGAUGGGAUUCUUCUGACACAGGGGUGAAUCUGGGAUUCUUCUUGUUCUAAGAAAUCUCUCAGGCACUACCAGGAGUUUGCUCUGUGGCAUUUGAGAAUGGAGAAGCUACUCCCUCGAGAUGCUCUUCAUCGUUAUUCAUAUCUGAAUGCAGAUGAGUUUAGAACGUGUGGGUGUGGGAUUUGAGGAGUCUGAAGUGCUUAGGUAACAGUUGGCAUGCCAGUUGUGCAAUGAAGAGCAUGUAUUGACAAUAUUAAGUUGUGGGCUGAAUCUCCUUUUGGGUGUUAAAAAAAAAAAAAGAACAAAAGUUCUAAAAGAGACAGCGUUGUUUUCAUGCCAGGGGUGUUUCUGGAUGUUGGGACCACAGUGCUGAGAAACAUGGGCCUCCACUAUGCACAGAGCUCUUCUGCCCUGCCUGGACUUACUGUGUCAGCCCCACAUAGCUUUCUUUUUCACGGAGAUUGCUGUGCUGUUUCUAAAUAGAUAUGCACAUCAUACUCGACUGACUGAGGGAAGCUUCACUAUUAACAGGUGUUCAAGCAAGGACAGGAAUAAUGAAGAGUCGGAUGUAUUAGCUGCAGCCUUUUGAACCACAGAAGAAGGAAGUCAACAGUGUGGACAGGGUUGGAAGCAUUGCCACACUUGUUGGAAUAAAUGAGGAAUGGGCUUGUGAUUAUGCUGACAUUCCAGCAUGAAUCUGGUAGACCUGUGGUUAACUCGCUCCCUCUCCAUGUGUCUCCUCCUACAAAGUUUUGUUCUUAUGAUACUGUGCUUUCAUUCUGCCAGUAUGUGUCCCAAGGGCUGUCUUUGUUCUUCCUCUGGGGGUUUAAAUGUCACCUGUAGCAAUGCAAAUCUCAAGGAAAUACCCAGAGAUCUUCCUCCUGAGACGGUCUUAUUGUAUCUGGACUCCAAUCAGAUCACAUCUAUACCCAAUGAGAUUUUCAAGGACCUUCAUCAACUGAGAGUUCUCAACCUGUCCAAAAAUGGCAUUGAAUUUAUUGAUGAGCAUGCCUUCAAAGGAGUUGCUGAAACUUUGCAGAGUCUGGACUUGUCCGACAAUAGGAUUCAAAGCGUGCACAAAAAUGCCUUCAACAACCUGAAGGCCAGGGCCAGAAUUGCCAACAAUCCCUGGCACUGUGACUGUACGCUACAGCAAGUUCUGAGGAGCAUGGCCUCCAAUCACGAGACAGCCCACAAUGUGAUCUGUAAGACCUCUGUGUUGGAUGAGCAUGCUGGAAGACCAUUCCUCAAUGCUGCCAAUGAUGCUGACCUUUGUAACCUCCCUAAAAAAACUACUGAUUAUGCCAUGCUGGUCACCAUGUUUGGCUGGUUCACCAUGGUUAUUUCAUAUGUGGUAUAUUAUGUCAGGCAAAACCAGGAGGAUGCACGGAGACACCUUGAAUACUUGAAAUCCCUGCCAAGCAGGCAAAAGAAAGCAGACGAACCUGAUGACAUUAGCACUGUGGUAUAGUGUCCAAACUGACUGGCACUGAGAAGAAAGUAGUUUGCAAUUUCAGUAGAAUAAGUGGUUUACUUCUUCCAUCUGUUGUAAACAUUAAAAACUUUGUAUUUUGGUUUCUUUUGAAUUAUGCCAAUGUUGGACUUUUAACAAACACUACAACAUAAAAGUUCUUUUAGUUUAGAUGGUCCACCCCUUUAAUUGUACCCCUGGUGGUAUAUUCUUAAGUAAGCUGCUGUCUGAACAUUAGUUAGAUUCAUCUCACUAUUUAAUAAUGAAAUUUAUUUUUUUAAUUUAAAACCAAAUAAAAGCUUAACUUUGAA